AUUCGGAUGAAUUCUGUUAUGUAGGACUGUUUGUACUGUCAAAGAGAAAAAAUACAUAAAACAGCAUUUUAUUCGAUUUAUGCAUAAUGCACUAAACUUUCAUAGUAUAUGGAUGCAAUACAAGUCUGUGAAGUGAAGACACUGAUAUUUUGCCUGAAAAAUGUUCCUGGAAUGGCCUGACUGUAAGGAAAGAAUCUCAAUUUAGCACUGACCUUUUAUGAAUUUUUAAGAUGUUCUUAACAACAAAUCCUAUUAUACAAAAAGCUGUGGUUAUUGUCAGAACUGUAAUGAACAGUUUGUAGUAUUAGUAAGUCUGAAAAGUAAUGCGCGUUAAGAAGGCCGAUUGUGGACUUUCAAGUGAGAGUAAUUGUGCAACAUGUCAUCAUUGAAGUUAGCUUGUUGAAAUUAGCUGACCAGUUUAACAUUAAUUUAAAUAAACACAACCAAGAUGGCUGACAGAGUUACCAACGAGACGGAAAGCUUUAUAAAAAGUAUCGAGACAGCCAUACCAAAGUCUACUCUCUACUGGUUCUUCAUUUCACUAGCCGCAGCUAUAAUAUGGACAAUUUACCUCGCUUAUUACAACUCGAGGGUGAUGGGAUUGAUUGCCACACUGAUUCUUAACAAAUUCAGCAAAUAUGGCCGCAUAAACAUUGGGUCAAUAUCAUUGUCAGUACUAACAGGUAAACUGAUGUUUAGGGGUAUACAUUAUAUCACAGAAGAUUUCUCUGUUAGAAUCGAGUAUGGCUGGAUUAUCUUUAAAUGGUGGAGACCCUACGUUUAUAAGGAACUUGGAGAAGACAUGUCACACUCGGAGACGAGAUUAUUUUCCUUUAUUGAAACAUUUGAAGUUCACGUUUACAAUCGAUCAGCCACAUACUCACGUCUAGAAAAAUUAUUUGGUCUUUCAACGGAACUAAACAGUGAGGAAGAUGAGGAGGAAGAAGAAGAAGAAGACAAUAAAAAUAUAGAAACUACUGAUGAUAAACCGGGAUCACCUGACAAUGGAAAGAAAAGCAGGGUUGAUAUCAGUAAAAAAAACUUGCACUGGAGAGAUUUGAUUCCAGUUUGUAAAUUUGACAUCACUACAUGCCGAUUUGUGUUUGGCAACAACCUAGUCCCAAACACUUUGAUAGUGCACCUGGAUGACAGUCAUGUGACCUAUACCACAACUCCGCCUUCUACGCCCUUUGACCUUUUCAUGCAUGAUCUCAAAGUUAAAUCAGACAGUCUCAGGAUAAUGUUUGUACCCAGUGACAAAUAUCAGAUGAAUUCACAGUUUUUCUCUGGCAAAGUCGAGGACGAACCACCAAGAAUGAUGGGAGAAGGUUUUGUGCUCAUGCAGUCCACUGAAGUCAAACUUCAUUAUUAUAUGGAUGAACCAGGUUUAGUCCCAUACGAACCAGAGAGAGUAGAAUUAGCUGAUGGUGAAACUCUGGUAAGAAGAACAUAUCCAACCAUUGCACUAGAUGUGGAGUGUGGCAAAAAUACAGACUUUAACUAUGGGCCUUGGGCAGAUAGACAAAGGGAAUAUUUAUGGAAGUUUUUCUAUCCCUCUGACCACCAGCCAAUGGAACCAACCAAAGUAGCUGAGCCUGGAGAGAAAAGACAGUUUAAGACAUUUGAAUUUAGAAUGAAUAUUGUAGCAGAGGCUACCAAUGAUGUUCUUUUUACAAAGAACUCGGAAACACAGGCUGUACAUAUGAAUAUGGGUCAAGGGUCAUAUAUAGAAGCGAGUAUACCAUGGGUCACUGAGGAGACAGGUUAUACCUCUGUGGUUAGAGGGCAGUUGUUGUUACUGGAAGCCACAACCAGUAUGAAAUACAGGUCUCUCCUGGAGUGUGAAACUUUAGAUUUUAAUAUAUCUGUGGACUAUCCACUAGAAUGGAAUGACCAUCAGAACUGGACGUGUUCUUUCACAGCAUGUAAAGCUACCGUCUACUUGAUUUUUGCACACAAACUUUUCAUUAGUGAUCUGAUAGAUGAUUGGUCAACAAAGAGCGUGCCAGAUGUGGUGCAUUUUGUGCCAUAUACCUACAACAUAAACAUUCUGAUUAACCAGUUUGAACUAGUCACACUGUGUAAUGAAUACAACUGGAUAGAUACAUCGUCACACAACCCAGAAAAUGCCCAUUUAGCAUUCUGUGGUGAGAUGUUUGACCUGUCUCUUCAGUUACCAUAUAUUGACUUCCUACCUGCAACAAAUUCCAUAGGAUUUAUUUUCAAGGUGGAGACAGUGUUUUGUCGGAUAUAUCUGCCAGAGAACAACACCAGCCGUCAUGUGAUCAUAGCCCUGUCAGAGAAUAUGAAGAUAGUGGAUAGAGAUGGCAACAUUCAGGAGGACCCGUUCUGCUAUGACAUAAAGAAACAGUGGAGAAGACUGACAGAAAGAAGUGCUGGAUGGAUCGAUUGCUGGAUGACAUCAAAUGUUGCCUUGAGUAUUACAUACAAGUACCACCCAAUGCCACCUCUGCUGAAAACAGACACUCACCACAUCAUUCUGCCCUCCAUGGAGGACCUGACAGGGAUUCCAGAAAGCCCGGCCAUGGAAGAGUUCAUUCCAUUGAAUUAUAUGAGACCAGAGUCAUUGAAAGUUCCCGAGAAUUUCGAUGCAGGUGUAAUGGACUCAGACCUGAUCAGCGUGGAACUGGAGGUGGCGCCGUCAGUCCUAUGUGCUUAUGGUUCCCUGUUGAGGAAUUUCUUACAUGUUAAGGAGAACUACCUAGGGGAGGAUCAGACCUACACAGAUUUCUAUGACUCUCCAGACACGGGCGUGGAAUCUAAGGAGACAGAGGGUCUGCAGGGACCACUGACAGAGAAGGAAGUGGUGGAGGGGGAAUUUGACCCCAGAAAAUAUAGACCGUUUGCUGUCACAGUUUCUGUUACCUUACAUGAUAUACAGGGUCACUUGAUCAAGAACUGUAAUUUAGAGACCGUACCGUGUCCAAGUGUGUAUAUAGAGAGGGUCGGCUUUGAGUUAGACAAGAGAUACCACGAGACUAAGUUACAAGUUCUUAUCUCACCUGCCAUACUUAUAGCCAGGGAUAGUUUUGAGAGAGAAACAGAGCAAGCUCAUCUGACUGAAGGUCAUCUAGCAUUGUCAGGGUUACAGGUCAGAGGUCAUGCCAUGUUCUCACAUAAAGAUCUCCCACUUGAAAGUGAAACAUUGGAGUAUGCUUGGUUAGUGGAGGCAGUGGUUGGUGACCUCUCUGGCAGGUUGACCUCCCCACAGAUCCAGAAUAUUGUCGAGUUUGUUCAGACAUUCAUCAUGUUGGUAGAGGACUCGGAGAACAGUCUACAGCGAGCCGUGUCCUAUCAGCUGUGUCAGCAUAUGGUACCACAACACAAGUGUAAGAAGUUACAACCACUGUACAAUAUACCAUGUCCAUCAUCAGAGGAUAUCAAAUACAGGAUGACAAGAGCUUCUGUGGACUCGUUAAAUAUUUAUCUCGUAGAAUCUGGAUCGGCCCUUAAUGUUCAAGUAUUUCCAGUAAGGCUUGCUACUUGCAAUCUCCAUGGUGAAAAUACCAGGGCAGGUAUUACAGGUCUUGUUGAACAUAUAUCGCUGAAGCAGUAUAUCUCUACAGGUCCAAUCAGACAUGACACCAGCCAACCAGAAGUCUGGAUUGAGUCAGGUGGUAUCUCGCUUGGACCAAUCAAAGCUGAGGCAGCUAUGGCAUUACCCAACCAGGACUUCCAUGCUCUUCAAAAUGAAUUUUUGCUGACUCAUGAUGGCAGCAGUAUGAGAUUAUGGUUUCUGUGGCCAGAAGAUACUCUUAAAGUGCCAAGUAUUGUCAUAGGAAAGUGCGGUUGUAUAGGGGGAUGCACCUUUUUUGGGAACAAUAAGAAUGGGGUUGGGUUUUUCCAUCCCAAGAAAUUUCAUGAAGUGACUCCAAAUGCUGUAUGUAAGGUGACCCCAGAAGGGAAUGACCCAGGUUUUGGACAGAGUUUAUUGCAUAAAAACAAACUUGUGUUUGAGAUUGGAAGUACGGCAGGUUGGGGGACGCCAAACAAGGAGUUCACAUUUACUAGAGGGUACAUGAGUACUUUAACCACACCAGAUACACCUGGUACAAGCAUUACUGUGAUAGAAGAAUAUACACCCAGUCAGAAUACAUUAAAACCAGGGAAUGUUACUGAUACACCUAUUAGUCCAUCUCCGCGUCAACUUGCUCGAAGUGCAACAGUUGAGACACAGUCAACGUCAAGUUUUACGGGUGAAACUGUGGGGGAUAACAUCAGUAUUAAUCCUUUUGAUACUCUGAAAUCCACUGACUCAUCGGUAUUAAGAGAGGGUGACAGAAGCAUUCAGGAUGAAUUGACAAGCAAGUCGGCGCGGAGUAUUUCCCAGAGUUCAUCGUCAUCUCCUCCGCCAUUUAGUCCAACAAUGCGAUCUUCAAUUGCUCACAGUCCCUCGUCUCGGUCUUCCAUGCAGAGCCCUUCUGGACAUUCCUCAAUACAUAGCACUAGUCCCACUUCUCUCAGACUUAAACAAGGACCUCGGUACGAUCCAACAAGACAAAGGUCUGUUGUCUCCCUUGAUAGUGAAAUGUAUUUCUCUGCAGAGGAGGAUGCACUUUCUUCCUCUGAUCCAAAUUUUUCUUUAAAGCAGCCUUCAUUUACAGAUAUUGGAAUAGAGGGGGAAAGUGUAACUUGGACUCUUGAUGAAACGUCACCGAAACUUGUCAUGAAUAAAAGUGUGAUGUCGCAAGUAGAUACAACGGUUAUUGAGCGGCAAGAUAGCACGUCUUCGACAAACUCGACAUUGUCGUACAUGUCAGCCGAUACUGAUCCAGAUGAAACUAUGUCAGGAGGUGUACCUGAAGAAUUCUCAAUGGUUGAUCUUCAUAGUCAGGUGAAGAACGAUAUUACAAAAUCACCAGUGUUGCUGCCAUGCUACUCAAAUCACAUGACCCGUUUGCAGUGUAACAACUGGGUGUCGCCGGCACCAUUUCCUGGUCGGUACCACAGUGUUCAGACAGAACAGUCCCAGUUCUCGUUGUCAUCUGUCAGCCAAAGUGUCCAGCUGGGCCAGUCUCAGAUAUGUCUACCUCACUUUGUUAAAAUUAAACAAGGUUUUAGUACUCGUAUUAUGAAAGCCAAAGAUUUACUGUUCCCAGCUGAGAGCCAUGAUGGCACUGAUUCCUGGGACAAUAUAGAGGAGCCAUUGUUAGAUACUGUGGAUGGGAUGGAGAAUGCAAGUAGAACUACAGCCACAGUAAAACUGAGGGGAUCUGUUGAUGUUCUCAUUACACCUUUACUGCUAGAGUCAUUCCAAAGAUUGUGUGAGGCCGUAACACCAACACUAACCAACCUGCACCCCUCAUCAAUAUUGGAUGGACUUCAUUCACGGUGUUUAGACAGACUGAAAAGUCAGAAUCGGUUGAAGAAAGUGGAAAAUUCGACAGAUGCCGAGACACCUGACAUUGAUACAUCUCCCACUCAGAGACAGUUUAGUUCUGAGAGUCGAAGCAAAGGAAAUGAGAUAAAGACUUCAAGUUACCAAGCUUUAAUCACCUUACCCAGGAUAAACAUUUGUACUUUACAAGCUGGUAUGGUGGAAGAACUGAUCUCAUUCUCGGCAUUAGAUAACAUACACGAAAUCACGUGUGUCUCUCUGAUGGGUGUUUCCAUUGAAGAUGUGCGGUGUCAGUUACUUUCUAACAGCCAUUCAUGUAAAACACAAAAUAGCGUGCUUCCAAAUUUGUUAAAUUCUUCUCCUGCUUCCAACAGAGGUAGGUUGGAUACCUCCGAGACUGAGAGGGAAGAUCUUCCAGAGGUUUUACGUGAGGAAGACGUUGGAACAGUUGAUAUCAAGGCAAUACACUUUCAGUUACGUAGACUUUUAAAAGAUAGUAAUUUUUCAGAUGGGAUUGUGUUAACUGCAAUACCAGAGCAGAAAUCGAAAGUUAUGUUUACGUUUGAAAAUGAUGCUACAAAAUUGUUUUCACCAGUAUCGGCUAAAAGUGGCAGUCGAGUUAAAAGAAGUUCUUCAGCACGGACUGAGAAGGAUAAAGACAGCAGACGGCCAUCUCUGGCUAGACAUGUUAGUCACGAUCCGCCGAGAAAUGCAGAUGAUCGGUCUUCUCUUAGAAAUGUGAACACAGAAGACAAUCCUUUUGAUGCAGCGCCCCAGCCGAAACUUUUACGUCAGAGGAGCAUAAAUAAGGAUAAACCAGAAGACGUUCCACGUAAAAAAUCAAAGGACAAAAUUCAUAAUAAACAUAGUAUAGGUUACAUCAUGUUUGAAUGUGGUUUAGAGGAUAUAGGCAUUACAGCAGUAAGAAGACUGGGUUACAAAGACAAAAAUGCUCCCGAUAUAGCAUACCAGUCUGAUAAUUUAGAAACGUCGGUAAAUGAAACUCAGAAGAAAACAAAGAGUGAAAUGGAAGGAUCAAGUUCUAGUAAAGAUAGUAAAAGUAGUAAAAGUAGUAAAGGUAAAAGUCAAGAUCAAGGUGGGAAAGCAGAAGGAACUGCUACUAAAGGCCAAGGUGCGAAGCAAACAGGUCUAUCUCCUACUCCUGUUAGUCAGCCAAAGACCAGCUCCCAAUCCAGCAAGGGCAAUCUGCAGGUGGGAAUCGACCCGUUAGGUGUUGGACCGGUUGAAAUGUACACAAGUUCAAACUCUGUCCAUUCCUGGGAUUCCAGAAUCUCUAUUCCAUCAGACAGUGGAGAACUAAUGGAGACUAAAGAAUUAGUUGGUGAUGCAUCCAGUGGAGUGUUACAUCUCAAAACCAUCUGGUUUAAUUUUGCUGCACCGCCACCUUUACCAAUCAAGAGAAAGGCAGACUUUACAAAAUAUGAUUGGAACCUGCUGAGUACAGCAACACCUGCAAUAAAUGCCUGGUUGAGUCCCUUUGACCGGUUAAUGACUGCAGCUCGAACCCUAGCACAGGAACUCACACACAGGACCAACUCAGUAAUGGCUUGUAUCAUGACAGAGGGUUUGGAAUAUCAGAGCAUUCAUAUGCCUUAUAAGAGCAAAUACUCGAAAAUUACAAACUUUUCAAGAACAUUACAAGAAGAUGCCUCAUGCCAGCUUCUAACUGUGCUAAGACGGUACAUUCACAAGCAAGGAACAUGCCUUGUGGAGCAGGCCGUCAGUUCGGAGACCAUUCCACAGCUUAUAACAAUCCAGAAAGGGAUCCUUGCCCUCACAAGGCAGUGGAAAAAUGUCCUUUAUAUGCCUCAGAUAUCACAGUUUAACUUUAAAUCUAGGAAACACAGACCAUACACUGUGUCAUUUGCUGUGCCGCCAUCAGAAAGUGAAGAAGAAAUGGAAUUUGAUGAUGAAGGAAAUGUUCAAAUACAUCUUGAAGAUGAAAAUGUGUCACUAAUUGAUGAAGAUGUUAAUGCAAAGAAGACUGGUUCCAAUGUGAGUUUGGGAAAAAGACAAGUACGGUCUGGUUCCCAGCCCAGUUUAAGGCAAAGUAGUCCACAGAGAUAUGGAGAUGCUUCCAAGGAACCAGUGCCCAAUUUAAACAUCUCAAGAACGUCAUCAUGGUCUGGAGCACAGCAGACAAGAAAAGCCCAUCAGGCACACAGAACAUUUGAAUCUCCACAACGUGAGACAAACCCUCAUAUGACCAGUCUAUUGCGCAAUGACAGUGUAUACAGUUUCCAGUCCGCCAGUGCAAUGAGUGGCGACCAUCAUGUUGGACCUACUCCUCCUGCCACACCUUAUAAGAGAGAUUUUUCAAAGAGUAACAUGUUGAAAUCCAAGGUGGAUGAUUUGUAUCGCUGGAUGACCAUGCAGCAGAGUGGUGGGUUUGCUUCCCAUCCACUUGACGAGGAACCAGUUGGCUCAGUCAAAAGGCAGGACUCGUUUCUCGAGGCAUUCGGACGUGGACUUGGUGCUGAGGAAAGUCACACUGAUGUAAACAUGGAACAUUUCACGCUUGGCACGUCUAUAAUGCAGCUUGCAGAUGCUCGGAAUUUGUUCAAACCAUUCUUGCAAAGUAUUGGAUUACACGUGGAAAAUGUACGCCCAACUGCCAUGCUGAAAAAUUUUGGCGGGAAUUUGUCUUUGCAAGGACGACUUGAAGUUUUGAAAAUCCAGAUCGCCGACUCUGUAAAAACAAAGGGAAAGGGGAAAGGAAAGGGGAAAAGAAGCAUGAAAAUUAGUGACGCUGUGCUAGAUUCGUCAGCGUUCUUGUGUGAAAUGUUCACGAUGAAAGUCUCCAUGAGAGACGUGACUGACUUUGAAAAAAGAGAUUCAGAGGAUGGUGACAGGUUCAAGAAAUUUCCUUUCAAAUUUGCCAUGCAUAAACUGGAAGCAAAACCAGCUACACUUCAAGUGAACCUUCUUGUUAAUUGUCAAGCUGUGACGCAGUAUGUGGAUAUGCCGCUGCUUAGACUGAUACACCAGUUUGUAACGAUGAUUGGGAACGUGAACGAGACUCGAAUUGAGUUGAAACAAGGACAUUCUUCCGUUGAUUGGAUUAGGACUCACAGGAAGCAGGAUUCUAAAGGGUCUUCGUCAAGUGCUGAAACUGUCCAUUCGGAAGCAUCCCGGACUGAGCUAACUAGAGGCAAAAACACUGAAGCUAGUCCUUCCUCCUCAAGGACAAACUUAGCAUCAGAAGCGAGGCCCACUGACGCAUUGAAAUCACACAGGAGUAAACCGUCUAUAUCUUCCUUUAAGUUUCCCUUUGACACCAUCAGACCUGAAAGACUGAGCUUCCCAAGUUCAGUGAAAAAGACUAAUAUUAAAUUUGCUAAAGACAAAAAAGGACAAAAGAUGGAAUCUAAGUCACCUGGAACACAUUCUCAUGUCGUAACACCGCCACAGUCGCUAAAUCUGAGUGAUUCUGUACACAUUGAUUUGGGUGAUAUGUCGUCUCCGGCCGUCAUGGAGAAGACAAUUGUUGACGAAAUCAAGGAAGAAACGCCACACUGUUGGAGAACUUUGUACCAUUUGUUGCAACUGUAUUCAACUAUGCCAGAAACAAAAAAGGUAGAUAGAAAGUCUGCAGGGCAACAGUUACCAGUGAUUGAAGAAGAGCAGUCGGAUAAGGCAAACAUGAGUACACCCUCGGGAAGUGUGAAAACCCGUAUUGAUCUUGCUGCAGAGGAAGAGGCUGGUUUAGGGCCUGGGACAAGCAGUAGUGGGGAGUAUGAGAACACACCACUUGCUAGAUCUACGUUCAGUAGAACCAGGUUUAAACAAAGUAUCUAUAUUGGAGACAGUAUACCACUUGUUGUAUUUGGCAUUGCGAAAGUUGAAAAGGUGAAAAUUCUGGCGGUACUCAGCGGUCUAAAGCUAGAAGCAGAGAUGAGAAAUGUACAUGGUACUGGUACUAUCAAGGAAAAAGUGAAGGGAUUUCUGCAGAGAAAGUCGUCUGAGUCAUCCUUCACGGCUCAUGUAGGACACACCAUGCUGGUGCUGCUGGAAGGCCCAAGUCUACAAACUGUGGUAACUGUCAAUGUUGGUCGUUCCCAAGCCUUGCAUACCACAGUAAAGCGAAGAGGAAAGGGACACAACUCUGCUCUUGUUUCUAUAGGAGAAAUUGAAGUGGAUAUACCACAACACCCUGUGGUGCUACAUGGCAUGUUAACAAGGGGAACAACCCAGUUGUCUAGCACUUUACAAGAGUUCCGCAGACCAAUUUAUAGAGCAAGGAAUACAGAGAUGGAUUAUGGCACCAUUGAUUCUAAAGGCUCGGGAGCAGACACAUCCCGUCCAUCAACUUUGCCUCGCCCACAGAGAAUCUUUGAAGCUAAGAAGUCAGUGACUCUCCAUAUACACCUGAAAGCUAUUCUACAGGGAAUAACAAUAGGAGCUUCUUUGCUUCCUUCACUGAGAGCUCAACACAAGACUGGACCUAUAACAAUAAGUGGUAUAACACUGAAGAAAGCCAAGUUUACUUUAGACCUCCCUCAUCAUACACUCAGCUUUAAAUCCAAGUCUGAAAUGUGGGAAAAGGUUAAGACAAUGGAAACUUCAAUACCUUCUUCGGCCAGUAUAGACCUGCCACCUAUACAUGUAUAUGCUGACUACAGACACUACAGUGCUAAUGCACCAAUCACAGAGGAUCUAACAGAGGGUCUAAUGUUAAAGGAGGGUAAUUACUUAAAUGCUGUAGCUGAGGUCGGAAUGUUUGAGCACAGUUUGACCACAGAUUUACUCAACCAUCUUGUUUUUGUGCAGAAGGUCUUCAUGAAGGAAGUAAAUGAGUUACUUCAGAAGGUAUCGGGUGGUGACAGACCUGUCCCUAUCUGGUCUGAUACUGACCAGGCUGUCAAAUCCUCACCUGAAGAACAAAUACUCUACUCAUUCCACUUCAGACUCAAGGGAAUUCAGAUCACUGCUACAACACCAACAGCGAGCGCAGUAAGGUUAGAGACAGAGGCUAUAGAUCUUGAGGUUUCUAACCGAGUACAAAUGGCAUCGCAGGAAGCUAACCCUAAUCUUUUGUAUGAGGACAACCAGAAGGUGUUUAUCAAGGCCCAGAUAGACCUCAGUCUGUCUCUAGGACAACUCAUCAAGAACCCUAUGUUUGAAGAAGCAGAUCCAGAAUUCCAGACAAUGGCAUUCUUUAAAACAAAGAUCUCAGUCAGAAAUGCCUUGCAGGAUGAGAUGAUACCUGGUGUGUCAACAGAUCAGGAGGCCUUACUUAUCAACAUGUCUAGACCCAUUGUACUAGCACAACCAUUGGCUUUUGAUAAAGCUGUGUUAGUGUGGCUGAACUACAAGAAUGCCUAUGAGUACUGGACAGAACAGAGACUUGCGUUGAACAAAGAAAUACAGAGUGCUACCCGCCAGGUGAUUGACCGACUACCACAGAUGGCGCCAGCUACCCAACAAGCCCUCAGUACACUGUUCCUGCAGCUCACAGUGGAUGAUAUUGGUCUCUGUUUACCUGUCACACCAUUUAAUUCCUUUGUGCCAAGCAAGAUCACAGAUACAGAGCCUGGUGUGGCAGUUGUUCUCACUAUAGAGAGUACUCAGAUCUGUGCCUGCUCCUCCGGAUCGCUAGUUAGUAAAGGAAAAUUCAAAGGCUUCUGUUUGAGGAUAGCAGAGGAUUUUGAGACAAGUCUGGAUGAUUGGAAGCCGAGUCAAGAUGAUACACAAGUGAUGAAUGCCUGUGUUGUACCAGAAGGGACGUAUGAAGUGUGCUCACGUACCACUAACCCGCAAUCAUCUGAUCCUAACAGCAAUGCAAAAUGGAUUUUGAAUAUAAAAUGGGAAAUGCAAGGUAUAGAUGUGCACUUGGAUACAAAUCUGGGCAAGCGAUUAUCUGACCUUGGAAAUACUCUCACAUCAUUGACAGGGGAGGAAGAAGAUGAGUAUUUACUCGAUCCCAUGGAUGAAAGACUUGAUGUGUCACUGGAAGAUCUGACAGAAUAUCCGCAACAGGUUGAGUACUGCAGGAGGGCCAGUGUUGUCCCAGAGACUCUUCCCAAGUUUGUAUUUGAUACCAGUCUAGAUCCAAAGAAACGAGCCAGACUCCUUGAAAAAGAAAUGAAUGAACAAGCAAAAAUAGUUCAAGAUCUCAGGGAACUUGGAGCGAGCCAGACCACCAUUGAAAGUGAGACUCGGAAGCUAGAGGAACUGAAGGGAGUCAUAUUCAAUGACUUCAGACGUGAAGUACUCGGUAGGAUAAAGAAACAAAGUGAAAGGGCUUCUGUGAUCAAAGAUAAGCUUGGAAUUGGCUCCAAUCCUGCACAUAUAAGAACAAGAUCAUACGGUGGUAGAGCAGAUGACAAGCACAGAGAAAGUGCUCCACCAGAGUUCUUGAAGCCAGAUAGUUUGCCAUUGCGGUCAUUGUCAGAAACCUCGCAUGUUACCGACCAUUCUGGUGGCUCCCGGGUUCAGUUUGGAGAAACUACAUCCUCCACGUACACUCCACCAAUAACUCCUGAGGGAACCCCACUUCAUCGUCCCAGUAAUGGAACUUCUGCACCAAGGAGAGCCGUAAGUUUGGCGGUGCCGACAUUCCGACGGGAGUCGGCAUCAACAUCAUCAUCAGCAUCAGGAUCAUCAUCUGCAACAUCAACAGAAAGUUCAGCAAGUGAUGAUGAAGCCAAGAAAGAUGUUUUUGACAGGGACAGUUACGAUACCAGUACAGUAGUGGGGAGUGAGCAGAUAAGUGCAUCCAAUCCGAGCAUAGGCAGCGGGGGUUCCAAGUCUGUAAUAGAGCCUAACGUAGAUUUUGAGCUCGAUGUGAAAGUCCAUAUUGACAGUGGAAAAUGUGUGCUGCAUCCAAAAGACAGAGAUGAAGAAAAUAAAAGAAAUAAAAGGGAGAAAACUCCUGUGACAGGGCUAGAGAAGCUGAGAAAGCAGGAGUCAGCAUCAUCUAUACCAAGCAGUAAGAAUUAUCAAGCCCCACAGCUACCUACCAUAGAGAAAACUGUAUUCUUCUUACCAGGUGUUGAUGUCAAGGUUCACUACAACUCCAAGACAGAUCACUGGAGUUCUCCAGCCAGCACAUUGUCUACAGAGAUUGGACCUGACAUUCUGGAUUCUUCAGUCAAGUGUGAUGAUUCCAUAAGUAGCACAUGUAGAUCACGACCGGGGAUGAAGAAAGCUAACCUAUAUGCCUGGUUCUCCCUACAGUCUCUUCCUAAGACAAUGGUAAUAAGCCCAUGUUUAUUGGACUACCUGGAGCAAGCACUGGAACCAAUACCAAUUUCACUGACGUCACAGAUCAGCAAAAAGGAGUCACCAACAGCACUAGAUAACUUGAUGGAUACAGAACUGAAUUCUUCAUACGCUUCUUUGGGAGGACCAGUUUUGCUUGGGUCAUUUCCUGUUGAUGUGAUUGUAUUUUUACGGGUUGAACCAUCAAGUAUACGUUUCAACUGUUUGCCGGAAUCCAGAGUGGAAUGUCUGCUUCAGGUGCCAUCACUAGAGUUUGUGUUCUCCACAAAGAGAUCUGACAUUGAUGCUAGUGUAGGGGGAAGUGAUGGAACUCCACCACUGAAAGCAAAAUUUGGGAAAAAACUUCGAGAGCGAAACCUGAGUGGAGGGAAGGAGAGCAAAGCUCGAUCAGCAAGCACUACGUCAGAUCUCGGUACCAUGACUUCCUCGGGUGGACUGAGCGUUACUGGCUGUUUGACAGAUUUCUCACUCUACAUAUUUCAUCCUUAUGGAGGAGGCCAAAGAAAGACUGGAAUACAAACGUCUCCUAGAUACCUAGGAAGUAUAGAAGAGCAGACCAUACUGGGAGAUACAAACAGGAAAGAUUCUCUCAGUCUCAACUUGGAGUAUGUGAAUUUAAACAUUUCACGAACAAGGAAACUUGAAGUUAGAAUGGACAGAUCAAACAAUGAGAAAUUUAACAUUGUUAGAUUCUCAACUGUUUGUGAUAUAGGAACUGCAGCUUUUAAAUAUGACAUGAGACGUUUGUCGGAGAUACUCUCCUUUCCAAAAGCCUGGUAUCGACGUAAUCUCGCUCGUAGACUUUUCCUUGGUGAUGAAAGUUGGUUAAUGGAGGAUGAAGGGAAGCGACGUUUCAAGAAAGAUAGAUCCAGCCUGUCAUCCACUUCCUCAUCCCCCGGGGGCAUGGACUCGCUCCUGAGUCCCCCAUUUACAAGAAUACCCUGCACUUCCUCCCCAGCCUUGCAUGCGCACUCGUUUAGUGACUUUGAACUUAUUCAGGGUCACCAACGGAGUGGUUCAUCAGGAGAUAAAAAUACCACUCAGAUAAGUGCCGAGUUGAAAAGUGAACUAGCGCGUAGGAUGUCUGAAAGGAGAGGUGCUUCAGCUCCACAGUCUCCUAUAGAUGCCUACCACAGUCCGGACUUCCACCACACGACCCCAGGUGCGACACCCAGCAGCUCUCAGACAAGAAUGAAAACACAGGCAAUGUUGAAUCGACGUAACAGCCAACAGCAGAAUAUGGGAACCCCUUUAACGAGGAUGACAAGCGAGCGUAAAAGCGCCGGAUGGCAGACGCUAGUUCUUUAUGCCGUCAACCUCAAACAGCUGGAUGUGAAUGUGAACAUGAGCAAUGUUAUGGGAAAUACCGUAUGGAACACUCAGGAUAUACAGAGUCAAGGGAGAUUAUCUAUUGACAGUACAGGUCACAAAGAUCUCAGUAUAUCAGCCGGCCUGGGAGGGUCACACCUGGACAGCAGGGGUGGAGUCAUAGGUGGUAAUGUGGAUCUCCAGGGCAUCUCUACAUACUUUGAGUGCAAUGAAGACCCUAAACUAGGCAAAGACCCAUUACAUGAAGCUGGUGUGUCCAUGUAUGCUAUAGAAGGUAGGGUAGAUUACAUGGGAUCAAGCGUUUUGAUGACCCGGCUCAGUGACAUGAGUCUGAGUGUCAGAGAUGAAUGGAAAAUUGAUAAAACGCAGGAAAAAACAGAUGCCCCACUUGCAACUACUAGGACAGCCUUGUUGUUUGCACAUGGUGAUUUGCGAUGGGAUAAAUUCCAUAUUCUGAUCUCCCGUUCCACUACACCAGAUCUCAUCAAAAUGGUGUCAAAACUGGAUGAGUUUAUAAUGCAGCAAUUCACCAGCAGUAAAAGGGCAUUAGGGGCCAUAGGACCAAUUCCAGGCAGCGGGAGGCACAAAGUACAUGAGAAACAUACAUCAGCAGAUGAAGAAUCUUUGCUGUCAGAGUUACGUCACCACCGACACUGGCAGAAAGCACUGGGAAACAUCACAGGUUGUAGGUUCUCUAUGCUGCCUGCCAUGCUCCCCAAGGAGGGUAUGAUACUUGGUGGGACAUUGACCUUGAGGGGUAACAACUUGACCUUGGGAUGUUUCCAUGGCAUCAACUUUCGCUCCAAGUCAUGGGCAUUGUUUACGAUGAACGAACCAUACAUUUGUUUUGCUACAGAAGCACAGAAGACAAUAGAUGAAGGUACCCACGUUGUACAGGACCUUACAUUCUAUGUUGGACAUGAUCUGGCAUCACACCAGGAGAAGAACAUGGCAAAUGUACUGAAGAUCUCACGAGGACAUUCAAUGCCUCCAACGUUUACUAACACCCAUGAGUGGUUCCAUUAUGCCUUCUCAAACAGUGAAAUAAAAGACCUCGAUGCUUUCCCUAGAAUGCAGCGUGCAGGAAGUGAAAGCCCGUCUGAUUACCGUAAACGGAAAUAUAUGGAUUAUAGCCAUGAUUCUGAGAUGAUUUUUGCCUUACCUUCACUCCAGCUGCAGCUGAGAACCACACAUCAACAGGCAGAACAGGAACCAGUAGAUGAUGAUCCUAAGCCAGUGGUAGAGUGCAGUUUUGUCACAGAGUUUGAGGAUCAUAUUUAUGUUGCCAUGGAUGCCGAAGUGUUCCUGUUCUUACAUGACCUGGUCAUGGCUUAUAUCCAGGAGAAAGAUAAAGGCACGAGGACAUCAGUGGUAGCAUCUGGUGGCAAGUCAUCAAAGCCUCAGUCUGAGUCUGAAAAGAAGAAAGUUAUUGACCCAGUUACGGUGCUACAGCAAGACUGGAGGGAAUAUGAAUGUAAAACAUGGCAUCUGGAACCUACAGUUAGAUUACUUCACUGGGCCAGCAAGCAGAUUGAUCCUGUCGGUGUUGACUACAUUCUUCAGAAGCUUGGUUUCUCACACGCUCGUGUAACAAUUCCCAAAUGGAUGCAGAGGGGCUUUAUGGACCCAUCGGAUAAAAUUCUAUCCAUGCUUGUGAACAAACUGAUUGUCAUGCUGCGUGAGACAUCUAACACAGAAUCUCCAAAAAAGUUGUGAAAUAACAUGAUCAUGUGAUCUGGAAGUAAAGUUAUACACUGAAUGAAGUGUUUAUAUGAUCUAAAAGUUACCUGAGUAAUUGAUGCGUUCAUCUGUUGAACAGUUUCAUGAGUAAUCAAAAUGUUCAUGAGAUCUACACGUAAUAUGAUUUACUAAACUGUACAUGUGAUCCAUAAGUAGCAUAAUAUUAACAAAGUGUUCGUAUGAUGUACAAGUAACAUGAAUAACUGAAAUGUUCAUGUGAUUUAGAAGUAACAUGAAUAACUGAAAUGCAUUUAGAAGUAACAUGAAUACCUGAAAUGUUCAUGUGAUUUAGAAGUAACAUGAAUAACUGAAAUGCAUUUAGAAAUAACAUGAAUACCUGAAAUGUUCAUGUGAUCUUUAAGAAACAUGAAUACCUGAAAUGUUCAUGUGAUCUUUAAGGAACAUGAAUAACUGAAAUGUUCAUGAGAUGUAGAAGUUAUAAUUAACUGAAAUGUAAGUGUGAUCUUGAAGCAACAUAAUUAAUUUAAAAGUUUUUAUGUGAUGUUGAAGGAAACAUGUUUAAGUGAAAUGUUUGUGUAAUGCGGAAGUAACAGGAUCAUCUCACAAAAAUAUGAGCUGUGCCAUGAGAAAACCAACAUAGUGGGUUUGCGACCAGCAUGGAUCCAGACCAGCC